UCCUCUGUAGGAAGUAAAGUCUGUGUCCACUGUCAGGUGCUAGUCUAUGCGUGUACGUUGCUGGGGAGGAAAAUGCUCUAAAGCAUUGAUAACAAACCAUUUGACUCGGAGUUACAACCUCUGCUCCCUAUGGAAGGAUAUAUGGUCAUAUGCAGAAAGGAAAAGGGAUCAUCUGGCUGUUCCGUCGGAUUGUUAGGGCUGACCAGAUCACUGUGACUUGAAGUGUUAGGACGAAGAGAAUCUGUUUGAAGUCACAGGGUCAGAGGUCACAUUCUCCGCCACAAAAAAAGCAAGAGAGCAACCAUGUCCAACCAGGAGACAGAUGCGUACACCAUCUCGCCGGAGAUGCCGGCCGUGUUCGAUGGGGUGAAGCUGGCAGCAGUUGCCACGGUGCUCUACAUCAUUGUGCGAUGCCUGAACCUGAAGAGCCCCACUGCAUCCCCAGAGCUCACCUACCAGGACACGGCCCUCAACCGCUUCCUACUCAAGUCCUGCCCGUGCCUGACCAAAGAGUACAUUCCUCCGCUGCUGUGGGGUAAGAGUGGCCACCUGCAGACAGCACUCUAUGGGAAGUUGGGCAGAGUGAGCUCACCACACCCUAACGGUCUCAGGAAGUUCCUGCCCAUGAUAGACGGUGCCACUGCCACCUUCGACCUCUUCGAGCCCAUGGCCGACCACCCAACAGGAGAUGACAUAACCAUGGUGAUCUGUCCAGGGAUCGGUAACCAUAGCGAGAAGCACUACAUCCGGACCUUUGUGGAUCACUCGCAGAAGCAGGGCUACAGGUGUGCCGUGCUCAACCACCUGGGAGCGCUGCCCAACAUCGAGCUCACGUCUCCGCGCAUGUUCACCUACGGGUGCACGUGGGAGUUCGGGGCGAUGGUGGGCUACAUCAAGAGGGCGUACCCCCAGACGCAGCUCAUCGUGGUGGGCUUCAGCCUCGGGGGCAACAUCGUCUGCAAGUUCCUGGGCGAGAACCGCGCCAACCAGGAGCGCGUGCUGUGCUGCGUGAGCGUGUGCCAGGGCUACAGUGCACUCAGGGCGCAGGAGACCUUCCUGCAGUGGGACCAGUGCAGGAGGUUCUACAACUUCCUGAUGGCUGACAACAUGAAGAAGAUCAUCCUCUCACACAGGGGAAGUCUGUUUGGCAGCUCCACUAAGCUGCUGGAUUCCAGCCUUAGCCGGCUCUACACGGCCACCUCCCUCAUGCAGAUCGAUGACACAAUCAUGAGGAAAUUCCAUGGUCACAGUUCCCUGAAGGAGUAUUACGAGAAGGAGAGCUGUGUGCAUUAUAUUCACAAUGUGAAUGUUCCGCUGUUGCUGGUCAACUCGGCAGAUGACCCACUGGUGCACACCUCUCUGCUCACCAUUCCACGCACACUCGCAGAAAAGAAGGAGAACGUGAUCUUUGCGCUGUCUCUGCACGGCGGGCACCUGGGCUUCUUCGAGGGCGCGGUGCUCUUCCCACAGCCCCUCACCUGGAUGGACAAGGUGAUCGUGGGCUACGCCAACGCCAUGUGCCAGUGGGAGAAGCAGAAGCCUCAGUGCCUAGUCAGCGGGCACACCCCCAACGGCCCGUGCCAGAAGGAAGCCACGCAGUCCUAGAGGGCGCCGGACCAGCCUCUCUAACCCCCUCUCUCUCUCACACACACACACACACGCCCACUCACCCACCCAUGUCUAUUCUCACUGUGCUUUUGUGCCCACCGCCUUCCCUACCUUUUGGCCUUUUGACCUCUGAACCCACAGCCCCUCAAGUCACCCGCAUCACCUUACAUGCAUCCUGAGGAGUUUUCCUUUGAUGCCUUUGUGGAAGUGGCAAUUUCUUUUAGGAGAAGAAUGAAAGAAGACUACAGUUAAUCUGCUGUUUUAAAGUUAGUUUUCUCUCUGUCAUUCUUGUAAUGUCUCAAACUGCCAAGAGAGGGGGAGUGAGACGCAUACAAACCAUGUUGACCAAAACAAAACUUGAAGGGGAGGAAAAAAACAAAAACAGGAACAAAAAUAUAUACCACACAAGUGACUUUUUUUUUUUUUUGUCAUUAUGUUUGGAGAUCAUAAACACGGGCACCAUGGUUUCAGUUCCUGAGGACCGCGAGGAGGACCAGAGCCAUCCGCUUUUGCAGAAUGACUCACACUGUGGGAUUCCCACGAAAGACUCGCCAGGCAGAACUGACCACUGCUCAUGUCGGGAGUAUCUCCUCCCCCUGCUUCCCAUAGGACCUCCAACACAAAUGGACAUUCUACUCAACACACGGCGUCUUAGCGUAUGAGGAUAGGCUGGCCAGCACUGUGUGCUUCUGCAGGGAAAUCCGCCCAGUCACAGUGGGUGGCUACUCUCCAGAGUUCUUGCUGUAGUUCUUUUAGACCUUCUGGGCUUAACUGGUGGACCUUCAUCAGUUCUGUACCACAAAACAACAGUUGUGCUUCUCUUUCACGUUUCGCUCCAGGGUCAAGCUUAACCACCUAAACAUGCUCAACACGCCAGACCACCUGCCAACAGACGUCGGAGCCUCAGUAACACAUUCCUGCAGAUCAUCUCAGCCUGAUCCUGUGUUUCUUAUGAUACAAAAGCACUUUAAUUUGCAGAGAUGGCAAGGUGUUUUUCUUUUCUUUUCUUUUCUUUUCUUUUCUUUUCUUUUUUUCUUUUCUAGGAUGAGUAGAAUGGGUUAGUGGAGCCAAGCCAGCGGAGAGCAGACAGGCGUGAGACACAUGAGAGAGCAAUGAGAGAGCAGACAGAUGUGAAAUGGACCUUAACAUAACGUAACCGCACUUGACAAAACGUAGCCCUUACGUGCUUAAGACCUGUAUCAUAAAAUGCUUUCCUGAACUUACUCUUGUGGAGUGCAAAACCUAGUGAUCAAAUGUUAGCAUUCUACAAAUUCUUCACUUGUCACAAAAUGGACCUCAGAGAUUCCAGUUGUAAUCCUUUAACAUGACUAAAACCGUGGUCCUUUGACUAAACGGUUGGAGCCCUCCGCUCUAGCGACCCAUCCAGUCCCUCUGCUGCCUGAUGACCCAUUGAUCUCUCAUGUUCACCCAAGUAUGACGCUCUUUCUGCGGCCAAACCUCUAGUGUAUUCCACCAGUGUCUGUCUCGUAGUUAGACCCAGCAUUGUGCUGCUCGAGUUGACUUCUGACGGGAGUGCAUCAUCUCAACAACAACAUACAGCUGUUGGGAGAACCACUCUGUUGAAGGCACGUCCCAGAACGUUGAAGAACCCAGGGAGCUGUUCUAGCAGGUGGUUACUAUUUUGCCCCCCGGGAGGCAUGUAGUUUAGACUGUAGCCUUUGAAAGGUGAUCUGAACAGACAUGUCCUGACCCGAGACGGACAGGCGUGUCAGUGGUCCCUCUGAGGCCACUGGUCCCUCUGAGGUACCGGUCCCAUGACGGCUGUCUUGUAGGCCUCAGCAGACCUGACAUGCCCGAGCUGCCCCGGCCAGGACCUUUGUUUUUUUUUUAGAAGAGGUGAACCUUUCAGUGAAGAUCUGUGCUUUCAGUCCCCCAGUGUGAAUCCAUUUUGUCCCGCGGUUUUUUGGUUGUGGUUUAGUGUUGUGUACCGUGCGGAAUGGCAUUGACAAGUAUGCAUGUCUGGUUUUAGAAGUUGCGUAGAUAAGCAGUGUGGAUGUGUACACAUUCAGAGGCCGAGUGCGAGUCUGGCGUGAGUUUUUUUUUUUUUUUUUUGGGGGGGGGUAGUGCUCUCAUUGCACUUACUUCCACUGCCUGUAGGGGUUCUUUCUGUGCUGUUUGUCUGUGAUGCGGUGAAGACAGUAAUACUAAAGGGUGAUUUGUGUCUUCCAAAUCAGGGCAUAGUACACGACUUCAACUGCGAUUAUGUAACUGGUAUUUAGUAAGAGACCUCUUGACCAGUGCAUCCUUCAGACAGAUCACCCAUAUGCCUAUGUGCUAAACAAGCUCACGGCAUUCAGUAGUAAGGGAUUAGACUGGGGAGUCGACCUUAAUCCUUUAUAUUUUAAAUGGGUCUUGAACAAAAUAUGGGGUUGGGUAGUCUUGUCUAAGAGACUCUGUUAAACCAAAAAUGUAAUUUUAGUUUUAGGAAGCUUUAGGAAAAGCCAAGCCAUUGCUUCUCCUCUUUUUAUUUUUAUGGUGUUGCAACCUUUUGGCAGGCCAGGCCAGGACGCAAGCGAAACUCACUGUAAUCUGCCAUCCAGCAUCAGUGGUGAACUUUUGCUGCAAUGGCUCCCCCUUCUGUCAGUUGUUUGUCAUAGCUCUGUUAGCUUAGCAAGAGAAGCCACUUAGAGAAGGGAACACUUUGAGAACAACUCACACAUUUCCUAUCUAUCCAUUGAACUGUUUAUGGACUGCAUUGAGUCAGCGUACAGAAAUGGCAAUCAACCCUGUUCAACAGACAUCCCCCGCCUUCCUUCAGAAGCCCUACGGGGGGGCUGGGCCCCUCUUAUGUUUGGGUUCUGGAAGGUUCCGGUCUCGGAUCGUACCCACCAGCAUAGUGCUCCCCCGUUUCAAACAGAACCAGCUGCAAACCACAUGAAUGAGGCAGUAACGCUUUUUUUUUUGGAGAGAAAAAAAAAAAAAAAAAGAAUGUCUCGCCCUAACUUUGCACAGUAAAUGCUGGUGAUAUCUGCUCAGAAACCCUUUUCAUUUUUGUUCCCUUUUAUUUCGUUUCACAUUGUUUUGUAUUUUAUACUGUUCUAAUUAUUGUCUGUUGUUUGCUUGUGUAAGUGUUACUGAAAGAUGUUGGAGUAUGAGUGUUUGUUUUGUAUGAACACUGGUGGAUGCCCACAUCAUAUCACCAUUGCUGGUUAUAUACCAAAUCACAGAACCACCCACUUAAAAAAAAAAAAAAAAAACUAACAAACCAAAAAAAAGAUGUGUAUAUGUAUGUAAAAUACAAUAUUUAUAGUUACGUUAUUGGGACCAGGGGCAAUCAUGCAGAAUUAUAGGGAGCAAUAAUGUGAAACACUCUUCUCCUGCUCAAUGCCAAAUGAGACGAUGUACCCGAAGAAGAGCGUGGAGCCUAGAGGUUCAUUACGGGAACGGAAAGGCCAACUUUCAUUUCCAAAGUUGCAUCACAAUCUGCUUUUACAACCAAGACACUAAAUAUUCCGUGAUAUAGCAGGUCUCAUUAAAAGACACUAAAUAUUCAAUAUUCAAUUCAGAUUUGCUUCAACCCCCCCCCCCCCCCCCACUAAGAGGGGGUAGGAGACCCGGAAUAUUCUGGGCCUCUCUGGUAAAGCUAAAGCUGGAAAGGCGACGUCACACUGUUUGACUCUGCAGUCUGUGAGAUCUCUCGGAUCUUUCCGAUCUCCUGCUGUACAUCUGACUGUUGUAGUGCUCAGCAUUGACCCCACAAGUUGCCUGUCAAACACUUCUUCGCUUCUGUAGUCUCCAGCCCUUGCUUAUCUCGGGGAGAAGAGUUUCAUGACCCUGUCAUUUGCAUUCAUGUUUCAUGUCAGAAGUGACUAAUCGGCUUCGUGGUUAAAACUGAAAGUGUUUGUUAGACAGGUGCGAAACGUGUUGUGAGAAAUUCACACAGGUUUUAUGCUUUGUGGAUUUUUUUGAUGUGGGCCUAGGUGUCCCUGAACUCUUCUCCUUAGUCGGUUCCAUUCAGAUACCUUGUAGAUUUGUGACCGUUGUGGAGUUGCCAUACAGAUUGCAAUGUAUUUUGGGCCUUCAGCUGUAACCAUACCACAUCACCAGUGUUUUUUUUUUUGUUACUAUUGAGAGAGAAGGAAAAAAAACAUGGUGUGUGAUGUAAUAAUUUAUGAGAAUAUGGUUAUUGUGUUCCACAAAUAAAAUAUUUUCUUGUAAA